CCUGCGCGCUGACGAGCCAGCGCAGCGCGGUGCGGGGAGCCCCAGGCCCCGCGGGGCUGUGUCUGGAAUUGCACCCUGCCCAGCCUUGGUCCCCUCUCUGUGGGUAGGGAUGGUUGAGUCCAGCCGCCACGGCAGCGGCUCCUUGCGCCGCUAGCAGCCCGUCUUCUGCGCUCCCCGCCUUCCCUUCCCUCUACCGCCCGGCUCUCCUCCGCGCCCCUCCCGCGUCUCCCACUCGCGGGCGCGCUCUCCAGCUGCCUCCUCUCGCUCUCCUGGCUGCGCGCGCUCCUCUCCCCGCCUCCCCUCCCGCAGCCUCGCCGCCUUGGUGCCUUCCUGCCUGGCUCGGCCGGCCCCGCCGCCCGAUCUCGGCCCGGAGCAGCUCAGCCCCGCAGUGGCUCGGAACCGAUGCUAGAAGAGGGACGCGAGCCGGGCGCCCAGAGCUGCAGGAGGCGUCUGAUGCGCGGCCGACGGCGUCCGGACCGGGAUCGUUCUCCGGCUCGCCUUGCCCUCCGGUGAAUCUCGGGCUGCGUCCGUGGCCUCGCCGCGCCUCCUCGGAGAAGCGCCCAGCGUCGUGCGCGUGGAAUAGCUGCAGACAUGACCGCGCGGAGGAGACGCGAGUCGCCGCUGCUGCUUCUGCUGCCGGCGGCUCUGUGCGCCGGGCUCCUCGCUGCAGCGAAGGGUCAGAACUGCGGGGGCUUGGUCCAGGGCCCCAAUGGGACCAUCGAGAGCCCGGGCUUCCCUCAUGGCUAUCCCAACUACGCCAACUGCACGUGGAUCAUUGUCACGGGCGAGCGCAACCGCAUCCAGCUGUCCUUCCACACCUUCGCGCUGGAGGAGGACUUCGACAUCCUGUCGGUCUACGACGGGCAGCCGCAGCAGGGCAACCUGAAAGUGAGGUUGUCGGGAUUUCAGCUCCCCUCCUCUAUAGUGAGCACGGGAUCCAUCCUCACCCUCUGGUUCACCACCGACUUCGCGGUGAGCGCCCAGGGCUUCAAGGCACUGUACGAAGUUUUGCCUAGCCACACAUGUGGAAAUCCUGGGGAAAUACUGAAAGGCAUUCUCCAUGGAACAAGAUUCAACAUAGGAGACAAGGUCCGGUACAGCUGCCUCCCAGGCUACAUCCUGGAGGGGCACGCCAUCCUUACCUGCAUCGUCAGCCCGGGGAAUGGCGCAUCCUGGGACUUCCCGGCCCCGUUCUGCAGAGCCGAAGGUGCCUGUGGAGGCACCCUGCGGGGGACCAGCAGCACCAUAUCCAGUCCACACUUCCCCUCUGAGUACGAGAACAAUGCUGACUGCACCUGGACUGUCCUUGCCGAGCCGGGGGACACCAUUGCAUUGGUCUUCACCGACUUCCAGCUGGAGGAUGGGUACGACUUCCUGGAGAUCAGCGGCACAGAAGCACCAUCCAUAUGGCUGACAGGCAUAAACCUUCCCUCCCCUGUCAUCAGCAGCAAGAACUGGCUGCGCCUCCACUUCACCUCGGACAGCAACCAUCGGCGCAAGGGCUUCAGUGCUCAGUUCCAAGUGAAAAAGGCAAUUGAGCUGAAGUCAAGGGGAGUCAAGAUGCUGCCCAGCAAGGACAGCAACCACAAGAACUCUGUCCUGAGUCAAGGAGGCGUCUCUUCAGCGUCUGACAUGUGCCCAGACCCGGGGAUUCCAGAGAAUGGCAGAAGAGUGGGCUCUGACUUCAGGGUUGGUGCCAAUGUGCAGUUCUCCUGUGAGGACAAUUAUGUGAUCCAGGGAUCCAAGGCCAUCACGUGCCAGAGAGUGACCGAGACGCUGGCAGCAUGGAGUGACCACCGGCCCAUCUGCCGAGCAAGGACAUGUGGGUCCAAUCUGCGCGGGCCCAGCGGCGUCAUCACCUCCCCCAACUACCCGGUUCAGUAUGAAGACAAUGCACACUGUGUGUGGGUGAUCACCACUGCCGACCCGGACAAGGUCAUCAAGCUUGCCUUUGAAGAGUUUGAGUUGGAAAGGGGGUACGACACGCUAACCGUGGGCGAUGCCGGGAAAGUGGGGGACACGAGAUCCGUUCUGUAUGUGCUCACAGGCUCCAGCGUCCCUGACCUCAUCGUGAGCAUGAGCAACCAGAUGUGGCUGCACCUGCAGUCUGAUGACAGCAUCGGCUCACCUGGCUUUAAGGCUGUUUACCAAGAAAUCGAAAAGGGUGGCUGCGGUGACCCCGGAGUCCCUGCCUAUGGGAAGCGGACUGGCAGCAGCUUCCUCCACGGGGACACACUCACUUUCGAAUGCCAGGCAGCUUUCGAGCUGGUGGGCGAGAGGGUCAUCACCUGCCAGCAGAAUAACCAGUGGUCAGGCAACAAGCCCAGCUGUGUGUUCUCCUGCUUCUUCAACUUCACGGCAUCCUCUGGCAUCAUUCUCUCGCCCAAUUACCCUGAGGAGUACGGCAACAACAUGAACUGUGUGUGGCUGAUUAUCUCAGAGCCGGGGAGCAGAAUCCACCUCAUCUUCAAUGAUUUCGAUGUGGAACCUCAGUUUGACUUCCUUGCAGUCAAAGAUGAUGGCAUUUCUGAUGUAACUGUCCUUGGCACCUUUUCUGGUAACGAAGUGCCUGCCCAGCUGGCCAGCAGUGGGCAUAUAGUGCGCCUGGAGUUCCAGUCCGACCACUCCACCACCGGCAGAGGGUUCAACAUCACCUACACCACAUUUGGGCAAAACGAAUGCCAUGACCCAGGCAUCCCUAUAAAUGGGCGGCGUUUUGGUGACAGGUUCCUACUUGGGAGCUCUGUUUCCUUCCACUGUGAAGAUGGAUUUGUGAAGACCCAGGGGUCAGAGUCGAUCACCUGCAUCUUGCAGGAUGGGAAUGUGGUGUGGAGCUCCACUGUGCCACGCUGUGAAGCCCCCUGCGGCGGACAUCUGACAGCCUCCAGUGGGGUCAUUUUGCCUCCCGGAUGGCCAGGCUAUUACAAAGAUUCUUUGAACUGUGAAUGGAUCAUUGAAGCAAAACCUGGACAUUCCAUCAAAAUAACCUUCGACAGGUUCCAGACAGAAGUCAACUACGACACCCUGGAGGUCAGGGACGGCCCCGCUAGCUCUUCGCCCCUGAUCGGAGAGUACCACGGCACGCAGGCACCCCAGUUCCUCAUCAGUACCGGCAACUACAUGUACCUGCUUUUCAGCACUGACAGCAGCCGCGCCAGCGUGGGCUUCCUCAUCCACUAUGAGAGUGUGACUCUCGAGUCCGACUCCUGCCUGGAUCCAGGCAUCCCUGUGAACGGCCAUCGGCACGGCAGUAACUUUGGCAUCCGGUCCACAGUGACCUUCAGCUGUGACCCCGGGUACACCCUGAGUGAUGAGGAGCCCCUGGUCUGCGAGAGGAACCAUCAGUGGAAUCACGCAUUGCCCAGCUGCGAUGCGCUCUGUGGAGGCUACAUCCAGGGGAAGAGUGGAACCGUCCUUUCUCCUGGGUUUCCAGACUUUUAUCCCAACUCCCUCAACUGCACGUGGACCAUUGAGGUGUCUCAUGGGAAGGGGGUGCAGAUGAUCUUCCACACCUUCCACCUGGAGAGCUCCCACGACUUCCUCCUGAUCACCGAGGAUGGCAGCUUCUCCCAGCCGGUGGCCAGGCUCACGGGCUCAGUGCUGCCCCACACCAUCAAGGCCGGCUUGUUCGGAAACUUCACUGCCCAGCUGCGCUUCAUUUCAGACUUUUCUAUUUCCUACGAGGGCUUCAACAUCACCUUUUCAGAGUACGACCUGGAGCCCUGUGACGACCCCGGAGUCCCUGCAUUCAGCCGCAGAAUCGGCUUCCACUUCGGCGUGGGGGACGCCCUGACCUUCUCCUGCUUCCCAGGCUACCGCCUGGAAGGUGCGGCCAAGCUUACUUGCCUGGGCGGGGGCCGCCGUGUGUGGAGUGCACCUCUGCCAAGGUGUGUGGCUGAAUGUGGAGCAAGCGUCAAAGGCAAUGAAGGAACAUUACUGUCUCCAAAUUUCCCAUCCAAUUAUGAUAAUAACCACGAAUGUAUCUAUAAAAUAGAAACGGAAGCCGGCAAGGGAAUCCACCUCCGAGCUCGGAGUUUUCAGCUGUUUGAAGGAGAUACUCUGAAGGUGUAUGAUGGAAAAGACAGCUCGUCGCGCCCGCUGGGAACCUUCACGAGGAAUGAGCUGCUGGGGCUCCUCCUCAACAGCACCUCCAACCACCUGUGGCUGGAGUUCAACACCAACGGCUCGGGCACGGACCUCGGCUUCCAGCUGACCUACACCAGCUUUGAUCUGGUCAAGUGCGAAGACCCUGGAAGCCCCAACUAUGGAUACCGGAUCCGCGACGAGGGCCACUUCACGGACACUGUGGUCCUGUACAGUUGCAACCCGGGCUAUGCCAUGCAUGGCAGCAGCACCCUCACCUGUCUCAGUGGGGACCGGAGGGUGUGGGACAAGCCGGUGCCCUCCUGUGUAGCGGAAUGUGGAGGUCACAUCCACACAGCUACCUCUGGACGGAUCUUGUCCCCUGGCUACCCGGCCCCGUAUGACAACAACCUGCACUGUACCUGGACCGUGGAAGCUGACCCAGGAAGGACCAUCAGCCUGCACUUCAUCGUUUUUGACACAGAGCUGGCACACGACAUCCUCAAGGUGUGGGACGGCCCUGUGGACAGUGACAUCCUCCUGAAGGAGUGGAGCGGCUCGGCGCUGCCGGAGGACAUCCACAGCACCUUCAACUCGCUCACGCUGCAGUUCGACAGCGACUUCUUCAUCAGCAAGUCGGGCUUCUCCAUCCAGUUCUCAACUUCAGUUGCAUCCACCUGCAAUGAUCCAGGGAUGCCCCAGAACGGCACCCGCUAUGGAGACAGCCGGGAGCCAGGGGACACCCUCACCUUCCAGUGUGACCCAGGGUACCAGCUCCAAGGACAAGCCAAGGUCACCUGUGUGCAGCUCAACAACCGGUUCUUCUGGCAGCCGGACCCACCCACAUGCAUAGCUGCCUGCGGCGGGAACUUGACUGGCCCUUCCGGAGUCAUUCUGUCCCCUAACUACCCACAGCCCUACCCUCCAGGCAAGGAGUGUGACUGGAGAGUGAAGGUGAACCCCGACUUCGUCAUCGCCUUAAUAUUCAGAAGCUUCAACAUGGAACCCAGCUAUGACUUCCUGCACAUCUACGAGGGCGAGGACUCCAACAGCCCGCUGGUCGGGAGCUUCCAGGGCUCCCAAGCCCCGGACAGAAUCGAGAGCAGCGGGAACAGCCUUUUCUUGGCCUUCCGGAGUGACGCCUCCGUGGGCUUGUCAGGGUUUGCCAUUGAGUUUAAAGAGAAGCCCCGGGAAGCCUGCUUCGACCCUGGGAACAUAAUGAACGGAACCCGAGUUGGCACCGAUUUCAAACUGGGCUCUACCGUCACCUAUCAGUGUGACUCUGGCUACAGGAUCGUGGAGCCCUCAUCCAUCACCUGUGUGAUCGGAACUGAUGGGAAGCCCUCCUGGGAUCAUGUCCUGCCCUCCUGCAGAGCUCCGUGUGGAGGCCAGUAUUCGGGAUCCGAAGGCGUGGUCCUGUCACCCAACUACCCCCACAACUACACCGCGGGCCAGGUGUGCCUCUACACAAUCACCGUGCCGAAGGAGUUCGUGGUGUUCGGACAGUUCGCCUCCUUCCAGACGGCACUCAGCGACAUGGCAGAGUUGUUUGAUGGAGCCCAGCCCCAGGCCAGACUGCUCAGCUCCCUCUCCGGGUCCCACUCAGGUGAGACGUUGCCGUUAGCCACAUCAAACCAAAUUCUUCUUCGAUUCAGUGCGAAUAGUGGUGCAUCAGCCAGAGGCUUCCACUUCCUGUAUCAAGCUGUGCCCAGAACCAGCGACACCCAGUGCAGCUCUGUCCCUGAGCCCAGGUAUGGGCGGAGGAUUGGAUCUGAGUUCUCAGCCGGCUCUAUCGUGCGAUUUGAGUGCAGCCCCGGGUACCUGCUCCAGGGGUCCUCUGCCAUCCGCUGCCAGUCAGUGCCCAACGCGUUGGCACAGUGGAAUGACACCAUCCCAAGCUGUGUGGUUCCCUGCAGCGGCAACUUCACCCAGCGGAGGGGCACCAUCCUGUCCCCUGGCUACCCAGAGCCCUAUGGCAACAACCUGAACUGCGUGUGGAGGAUCCUGGUGACAGAGGGCUCCGGGAUUCAGAUCCAGGUGAUCAGCUUCGCCACGGAGCAGAACUGGGACUCGCUGGAGAUACACGACGGUGGGGAUGUGAGCGCCCCGAGGCUGGGCAGCUUCUCAGGAACCACAGUGCCCGCCCUGCUGAACAGCACCUCCAAUCAGCUCUACCUGCAUUUCCAGUCUGACAUCAGCGUGGCUGCGGCUGGCUUCCACCUGGAGUACAAAACGGUGGGUCUCGCUGCAUGCCAGGAACCAGCGCUCCCCAGCAACGGCAUCAAACUCGGGGACCGCUACAUGGUGAACGACGUGCUCUCCUUCCAGUGUGAGCCGGGGUACACCUUGCAGGGCCGCUCCCACAUCUCCUGCAUGCCUGGGACGGUGCGUCGCUGGAAUUACCCAUCGCCGCUCUGCAUUGCCACCUGUGGAGGGAUGCUCACUGACCCUGGGGGUGUGAUCUUGAGCCCCGGCUUUCCCGGCUCCUACCCCAACAACCUGGACUGCACCUGGAAGAUCUCACUGCCCAUCGGCUAUGGUACCCACAUCCAGUUUCUGAAUUUCUCCACCGAAGCAAACCAUGACUACCUGGAGGUUCAGAACGGGCCCUACCCCACCAGCCCAAUGAUCGGGCAGUUCAGCGGCCCCGACCUGCCCUUGUCCCUGCUCAGUACAACACAUGAGACGCUCAUCCGCUUCUACAGUGACCACUCACAGAACCGGCAAGGGUUCAAACUCACCUACCAAGCCUAUGAGUUACAGAAUUGCCCGGACCCGCCCCCCUUCCAGAAUGGGUACAUGGUCAACUCUGACUACAGCGUGGGCCAGUCCAUCUCAUUUGAGUGCUACCCGGGGUACAUCCUCAUAGGGCACCCCGUCCUCACCUGUCAGCACGGGACCAACAGAAACUGGAACCACCCCUUCCCACGGUGUGAUGCUCCGUGUGGGUAUAAUGUGACGUCCCAGAAUGGAACCAUUUAUUCCCCCGGCUUUCCUGACGAGUACCCCAUCCUGAAGGACUGCCUCUGGCUGAUCACCGUCCCGCCAGGGCAUGGAGUGUACAUCAACUUCACUUUGCUGCAGACAGAGGCUGUGAACGAUUACAUUGCUGUCUGGGACGGCCCGGACCAGAAUGCACCCCAGCUGGGCGUGUUCAGCGGGAACACGGCGCUGGAGACAGCGUACAGCUCCACCAACCAGGUCCUGCUCAGGUUCCACAGUGACUUCUCCAACGGAGGCUUCUUCGUGCUCAAUUUUCACGCAUUCCAGCUCAAGAAGUGCCCCCCGCCCCCCGCAGUCCCCCACGCAGACAUGCUGACUGAGGAUGAGGACUUUGAAAUAGGAGAUUUUGUGAAGUACCAGUGCCACCCCGGGUAUACUCUGUCGGGGCGCGACACACUGACCUGCAAGCUCAGUGCCCAGCUGCAGUUCGAAGGCGUGGCUCCCACCUGUGAAGCACAGUGCCCGGCGAAUGAGAUCCGGACUGAGUCCUCCGGAGUAAUCCUUAGCCCUGGAUACCCCGGCAACUAUUUUAACUCCCAGACUUGCUCCUGGAGCAUUAAAGUGGACCCGAGCUUUAACAUCACCAUCUUUGUGGACAGCUUUCAAAGUGAGAAGCAGUUUGAUUCCCUGGAAGUGUUUGAUGGCUCCUCUGGGCAGAGUCCUCUGCUCGUGAUCUUAAGCGGAAACCACAGUGAGCAGUCAAACUUCACCAGCCGGGGCCACCAGCUCUUCCUGCGCUGGUCCACAGACCAUGCGACCAGCAAGAGAGGCUUCAGGAUCCGCUACACAGCCCCGUACUGCAGCCUGAGCUCCACGCUGAAGAACGGCGGAGUCGUGAACAGGACGGUGGGGGCAGUUGGGAGUACAGUGCGGUACUUCUGCAAGCCUGGGUACCGCAUGGUGGGUCCCAGCAAUGCCACCUGCGUCCGGAGCCCCAUGGGCAUGUACCAGUGGGAUUCCCUCACACCCAUCUGCCAGGCUGUGUCCUGCGGCAUCCCAGAGGCCCCAGGAAACGGCUCCUUCACGGGCAACGAGUUCACGCUGGACAAUAAAGUCAUGUACGAAUGUAACGAGGGCUUCAGGCUGGAAGCCAGUCAACAAGCAAGCGCGGUGUGUAGGGAAGAUGGCACAUGGAGCAACAGAGGGAAGACGCCUGCUUGCAAACCGGUGCUGUGCCCCAGCAUCGAGGCGCAGCUGUCUGAACACAUCCUCUGGAGGCUGGUGUCCGGGUCACUGAAUGAGUAUGGGGCCCAGGUCCUGCUGAGCUGCAGCCCUGGCUACUACUUAGAGGGCCGCAGGCUGCUCCAGUGCCAAGCCAACGGGACCUGGAACACGGGAGACGAGAGGCCUCGCUGCAGAGUGAUCUCAUGUGGCAGCCUGUCCUUUCCCCCGAACGGUAACAAGAUCGGCACUCUGACGGUGUUCGGGGCCACCGCCAUCUUCACCUGCAACACGGGCUACACCCUGGUGGGCUCGCACGUGCGCGAGUGCUUGGCCAACGGCCUCUGGAGCGGCUCUGAGACAAGAUGUCUGGCUGGCCACUGCGGCUCCCCAGACCCCAUCGUGAAUGGCCACAUCAGCGGGGACGGCUUCAGCUACAGGGACACGGUGGUCUACCAGUGCAAUCCCGGCUUCCGGCUAGUGGGGACUUCCGUCAGGAUCUGCCUGCAGGACCACAAAUGGUCUGGGCAGACCCCCGUCUGUGUCCCAAUCACCUGUGGACACCCUGGAAACCCUGCCCAUGGGGUCACCAAUGGCAGUGAGUUCAACCUGAACGACCUGGUGAACUUCACCUGCGACACGGGCUACCUGCUGCAGGGUUCCUCACGCGCCCAGUGCCGGAGCAACGGGCAGUGGAGCAGCCCCCUGCCCACCUGCAGAGUGGUGAACUGUUCAGACCCAGGCUUCGUGGACAACGCCGUUCGGCAUGGGCCGCAGAGUUUCCCUGAGAGCUUCGAGUACGGCACAAGUGUCCUGUAUCAUUGCAAGAAGGGCUUCUACCUGCUGGGCUCCUCAGCCUUGACCUGCAUGGCGAGUGGCUUGUGGGACCGCUCUCUGCCCACCUGCCUGGCCAUCUCGUGCGGGCACCCUGGGGUCCCUGCCAACGCUGUGCUGACCGGGGAGCUGUUCACCUAUGGGGCCAGGGUGCAGUACUCCUGCAAGGGCGGCCAGAGUCUCACGGGCAACAGCACGCGUAUCUGCCAGGAGGAUAGCCACUGGAGCGGGGCCCUGCCACACUGCUCAGGAAGCAGUCCUGGGUUUUGUGGGGACCCAGGGACCCCCGCACACGGCUCUCGGCUUGGAGAUGAGUUUAAGACCAAGAGUCUCCUGCGCUUCUCCUGCGAGAUGGGCUACCAGCUACGGGGCUCGGCAGAGCGGAUGUGCCUGCCCAACGGGUCCUGGUCAGGGGUGCAGCCUGCAUGUGAAGCCGUGUCCUGUGGGAACCCCGGCACCCCCACCAAUGGUCGGAUAGUGAGCAGUGAUGGUGUCCUCUUCUCCAGCUCCGUGGUCUACGCAUGCUGGGAGGGCUACAAGACCUCAGGGCUCACCACGCGCCACUGCACGGCCAAUGGGACCUGGACCGGCACUGCUCCAGACUGCACAAUUAUCAGUUGUGGAGAUCCAGGCACGCUGCCCAACGGUGUCCAGUUUGGGACUGAUUUCACCUUCAACAAGACCGUGAGCUACCAAUGCAACCCCGGCUACCUGAUGGAGCCUGUUUCGGCCUGCGUCAUCCGCUGUACCAAAGACGGCACAUGGAACCAGAGCAAGCCUGUCUGCAAAGCUGUCCUGUGUGGCCAGCCCCCUGCAGUGCCCGAUGGGAAGGUGGAAGGCACCGACUUCCACUGGGGCGCCAGCAUCAGCUACAGCUGUGCAGACGGCUUCCAGCUCUCCCACUCCGCCAUCCUCUCCUGCGAAGGGCAUGGGGUGUGGAAAGGAGAGGUUCCCCAGUGCCUGCCCGUGUUCUGUGGAGACCCUGGGAUCCCAGCUGAGGGCCGGGUCAGCGGGAAGAGCUUCACGUUCAGGUCUGAGGUCUUCUUCCAGUGCAAGGCACCCUUCAUUCUGGUGGGGUCGUCACGGAGAACAUGCCAGGCCGACGGCACCUGGAGCGGCAUUCAGCCCACCUGCAUAGAUCCUGCACAUAACACCUGCCCAGAUCCUGGUACCCCACACUUUGGAAUCCAAAAUAGCUCUAGAGGAUAUGAGGUGGGCAGCACUGUCUUCUUCAGAUGCAGGAAAGGCUACCACGUCCAGGGCUCCACCACCCGCACCUGCCUGGCCAAUCUCACCUGGAGCGGCAUGCAGACGGAGUGCACCCCUCACGCCUGCAGACAGCCCGAAACCCCAGCGCAUGCCGACGUGCGAGCCAUCGAUCUUCCUACGUUUGGCUACACCCUGGUGUACACCUGCCACCCAGGGUUUUUCCUUGCUGGUGGUUCCGAACACAGGACAUGUAAAGCAGAUAUGAAAUGGACGGGGAAGUCACCUGUCUGUAAAAGUAAAGGAGUGAGAGAAGUUAAUGAAACAGUUACUAAAACUCCAGUUCCUUCUGAUGUAUUUUUCGCCAAUUCCGUGUGGAAAGGAUAUUAUGAAUAUUUAGGCAAGCGGCAGCCUGCCACUCUGACUGUUGACUGGUUCAAUGCCACUAGCAGCAAGGUGAACGCGACCUUCACGACAGCUCCGCAGGUACAGCUGGACCUCACAGGGGUCUACAAGAAGGAGGAGGCUCACCUGCUGCUGAAAGCAUUUCAGAUGAAAGGCCCAGUGGAUAUUUUUGUGAGCAAGUUUGAGAACGACAACUGGGGCCUGGAUGGCUACGUGUCCUCAGGACUGGAGAAGGAAGGAUUCACUUUCCAAGGCGACAUACAUGGGAAGGACUUCGGAAAAUUCAAGCUAGAAAGGCAAGAUCCUUCAAGUUCUGAUCAAGAUCCUUCAAAUCAGUACCACGGCACCAGCAGCGGCUCGGUGGCAGCUGCUAUCCUGGUUCCCUUCUUUGCUCUAAUCUUAUCAGGAUUUGCAUUUUACCUCUACAAACACAGAACAAGACCCAAAGUCCAAUACAAUGGCUAUGCAGGACACGAAAACAGCAACGGACAAGCUUCCUUCGAAAAUCCCAUGUAUGACACAAACUUAAAACCCACAGAAGCCAAGGCUGUGCGGUUUGACACGACUCUGAACACAGUGUGCACGGUGGUAUAGCCGCAGUGCUGGCCUGACCCAUAGCCAUACCUCUGAAGGACAAGCAGUACUUCCUUUGGUGCCAUAGACCACACUUCCUUCUCUCUCGCUCUGCUGCAGCACCUUCCUCCAUCGUCUCUGGGUCCUGAUGGGAGCCUCCACCUGCUCCUUGGGGAAGCGUCUCCUGAGGACCGGACUGCAGACAUGGAUUCCUAAGGUGUCUGCUGAGGCCCAGGCAUACUCCAGGGAGGAGUGUGAGCCCUGAGACAUGCCAAGUCUCGGGCCCAGAGCCCGCUCUCUGCGGCCCGGUGCCCUUCAGUGCAACCUCGGGGCACGCGAAGGCAUCCUCCUGGCACGGCGACCACAUGCUAGCUCCGCAGUCCGUGUUUUCACUUUCCUUUGACUCCCCACAGACACAGAUGCUUGAAAAGAAAAAGAAAGUUUUCCUGAGGAAGACACCUUUCCAACAGAUGUGCACACCUACAAACGCUUCUCUCUGUCCUUCCUGAGACCCAGCAAGCUUUGAGGACCUCACGGCUCCCAAAUGUCCACCACGAGGGACCUUUGCCAAUUUCCCAGCCAGCUUUCUAUUGCAGAAUUUUUGAUGCACAAUUUUUUGCACUAGGGUGUAAUGAAUGAUUGAGUAAGACUCUGAUAAAAAAUAAACUGAUCACACAGGGUUUAUACACACUCUGCGUUGUGCCAGCUACAUUUCCCACCAUUGGUUCCGUUGGAGUGCAGGAGAGUCCCCAAACCCAUGACAGAUUGAGAAAGGAAAAGCAGUGCGGAAGAAAUUCAGGUUUCCAUCGCUUCUACCAGCUCCAUGUGUUUUUAUACCCAUUGACAAUGUCCAACAACAAAACCAGAGGCCUUUUAUUUUCCAUGUUUCCUUCCUUUAGGAUUGUAGUGACCCAGGUUUUGUCUCUGAUGUACAUUGAGGCCAGGUGGCUUGUCACGAUUUCCAUUUGCCAUGUACAGAUGUGAAUAGUAAUUUAUUUUUAGGUAGCUCGCAAACCUGUGGGUCUUGGCUCGCAGUCCCGCCUUCCCUCUGGCACCAUCGUCUCCUUCCUUUUCCGUGCACGGCAGCACGGCAUGGUCAGGGCCGGCACGCUAGUGUGUGCCUCUCAUGGCGACCUGCUCUGUGCUUCUGUUUCCUGCUUUAGAAUUCCAGACAGGAAGACCGUUGCCGUGAUUCUACAAGCUUAAAUUCAUGACAGGUAGAAUUAUAAAGUGUGGAAUACAUAAAAUAUGUCAUGUUCCCCAAGUGGAUAAAAUGUUAAAACAUGGAUAGAUGUGACCAUGAGAAUGUUCUGUAACAAAUUUAAAGUGAAGAUCAUGUUUAUUUUUAUUUAUAAUUGUUUGAUAAAGGUAUUUUUGAACAGAUAUGCUUAUUUUAUUAUUUGAUGCUGAGGUACACACUCCACGCCAGGAAGGUCCCCUGAGCAUUCUACUUCCUGAAAGCCAGGUGCCACUGGCCUUGGUUUGCUGCAAGAUUGCGCAGGCCUUGCUUUGAAACAGGAGUAGGCCUCUGUGCAGUCUGCUUGUGAGUGCAGGGCCUUUCAGGUGACACAGGAAGCCUGGAGCCCACCGGGGGCCAGCCCAUCCCUCUGAAAGUCCUAUCCUGGGCUCCCUCUAUGAGCACCAGCUGCCCACUUCCGGUGAGCUAUGUACCCGAGUCCACACUGCUGGGUCCAAAUGGUGUGCUGCACUUGGGCACACGCUAUCGGGUCAAGCUCACCUGCGGGGACCUGUCUCUUGCCUGUCCAGGUCAAUCCAGUGAGGUCCACGGGAGCCACGCUCCUGAUGUGCACUGAGGCGAGGCGGCGGCAGUCAGAGGGCUGCUGUGUGCAAGGGAGAACAGGGUCACUAUGUACAUUCGGUGUAUAUAUAUAUACAUAGAGCUAUAUAUAUUGUACAUAUCUACGUUUGAUCACUCAGAACAGGUGCAAACUGCUGACUCGAGAGUCUGAUCAACUCCCUGUCCCCGGAUUCCCAACUUGCUUGCUGGUCAAUGACAGAACGAGCCCUGCAGUACCCGGAGGACACACACACACACACACACACACACACACACACACACACACAGGAGCCACAGGCAGGCACGGGGGUGGCUGCUGGGGCAUCUACCCUAGAUGCUCUGGAGCCAAGUCCUGGGGGCUGUCAGCUCCCGCCAAGGUGUGCAAUGUCUCGCUUGUCCCUUCCCCACCUCGAGUGCCCAGGUCAUGGGGUGGCCAGAUGUGCCUGCCCCUUGGGGCUGCAGCACAGAGUGGGGAGCGGCUGUGCGGCCACGGGUAUGGGCUUCAGACCUGUGUAGACUGCUGCUUGUCCCACAUCUUGCCUUCCUUCAGGCUAGCUGCAAUAAUUUUUUUUUCUUCUGUAAAAUAUUUUGUAAGCAACAACGUAAGAAGCUAUUAUGGAAAGGGGAAAAAGGAAGCUGGCGUCACGGUCAGGAAACCCAUCGCCACCCCCAUCACCCACACGCUGCUGUCACGAAGUAGGUGCAAAAGACCUUUUUGUACAGAGAUAUAUUUUUUAUGAAGAAUUUGUAAAAUUAUUAAAUAUGCUGUAAUUUUUUGAUUAAUGUAGGUAAAUUGUUAAAAAUGUUUUUACAAUACAAAACUGUAAUUUUCUCAAUAACGUAAAAUGUACCAUCUCUAGCUGAUUUUCAGUUCCAAUCCUAUUACACAUGUAUUAAUAUUAAAGUGGCCUGUUAAAAUGAACAGUAUCUUUUUUUGUCAAAAAAAUUAUAAAGAGAGUGUAACAUAGCCUGUGCAAUGCCACCUAUCUUUAAAGCAAAUCAGAGUUCUAAUUAAAUAUUUAAUUUUAGAUUUCUA